AUGCGCUUCAAGGCGUCAAUACAGAAUAUUAAUACCUUUACGAAGCUCACGGCGUCACUCAAUUCGCUCGGCCCGCUCGCGUGGGUGAAGCUCAGCGAAGAGCAAGUAUGCUUCACCAUCAUACCAGAGCAGGGCACUCAAGUAUGGGCUGUCCUCUCUAUUGACUCUAUCUUCGAGACCAUCAGCGUGCAGUCAGCAGCGAACAACGUCAUCAACCUCGAAGUUCCGCUCACGUCGCUGAAUCGCGCUCUCAAGUCAGCCCUCAAUGCCACGUCGGCCCAGAUACGCCUCACCAAGAAGGACAACCUGCCCAUGCUUGCCCUCACCAUCGUCACCACGACCUCCUCGAACACGUACAGCGCCUUCCCUGCAGCCACAGCCAACAACGACGAUGGCUUCGACGCUGCCUUUGACAACGAAUUUGGUGGAGGAAACCGUGAGACCAUUGUCACGCAGGAGAUACCCGUGCGAGUGCUUGCGCCAGACACUGUAGCGCACCUGCAUGAGCCCGUCUGUAGAGAGCCAGACGUACACAUCAUACUGCCUCCUCUGAUGCAGCUGAAGAGCAUCAGCGACAGGUUCACCAAGCUCGCGCUGGCAGACACCAAGGCAAGCACCGCGACGACGGCAUCAAGGACACGACUAGAGGUUGCCGCCAACAUGCACGGCUGCCUCAGGAUGAGGAUCCGAUCCGACGCCAUGAACAUAUCCUCCAUCUGGACCGAUCUUAGUAAUCCAGAACUCGACCCUGGCCACGUCGCUGGUGGAGAGGAUGGCGUAGCUGAACACCCAAGCACGCGUAUGAAGCAGCUGGGCACGGCAGACGGGCGUAGUGAAGAAGGCUGGGCUACAGUGAGGAUCGAUGGGCGUGACUGGGGUAAGGUCAUGAGUGUGGGUAGGCUGGGGGGACGAGUGAUCGCUUGCUUCUGUCAUGAGCAUGCACUCAUCCUCUACGUUUACCUACCCAACGAUAAUGGCGAUGACGAGUCGGUCCUGACACGCAUAGCUACCUUCGCGCUCAUGUCAUCCUCACGAGGCACAAACUAG